CAAUGCAUGGCCACUGUUCUAUUUUAAAGCUUUGGCCCUUUCAGGUUGUGAGCAUUUUGCGCUAGUAGCCUGCUAACUAGUGCUAAGCUGCUGACAUGGCUGCUUGUUUGGUCGUUUUUCUCUUGGUUUUAGUCGGCCCUGGGGCUAGCGCUAGCUGCAUUGGUUUGGGUUCAAGAUUGGUCGCUCGUGAUCAAAAUGAAGCAUGGGUUUCAGAUAAUGGCACUUUUGCCUUUGGUUUCGCUUCAGCGGCUACUGCUCGUGACAAAUUCCAAGUGGCAAUCUGGUUCGUAGAUCUUCCUGGUGAUCGAACCUUGGUCUGGUCAGCUAACAGAAACUCUCUGGUCACCAAAAACGCAUUCCUGGAGCUGGACACCACCGGCAACCUAGUCCUAAUAGACGGGUACAGAACAGUCUGGAUGUCAAACACCUCCGACGCAGGCGUUACAUCAGCAAGCAUGGAAGAAACUGGCAACUUCAUCCUCCACUCUAACUCCAACCACUCAGCAUGGCAAAGUUUUGAACACCCUUCUGAUACUUUACUUCCAAACCAGCCUUUAACAGUAUCUCUUGAACUAACAUCAGUACCAAAAUCACCUUCACAAGGUGGCUAUUACUCUCUCAAAAUGUUACAACAGCCCACUUCACUAAGCCUUGCUUUAACAUAUAACUUGCCUGAAACCUAUGAUGCUGCACCUGAAACUUAUGCAAACUAUUCCUACUGGCCUGGGCCGGACAUUUCGAAUGUUACGGGGGAUGUGGUUGCGGUUUUAGAUGAAGCAGGAAGCUUUGGAAUUGUGUAUGGUGAAUCAUCAAAUGGAGCAGUUUAUGUGUAUAAAAAUGAUGGUGACUAUAAUGGAUUAGGUUUCGCUUCAAGUCAAUCAAGUACUCGGUUAUCAGUUCUUCGAAGACUAAUUCUUGAGACUAACGGAAAUUUGAGAUUGUAUAGAUGGGAUAACGAUGUUAAUGGUUCGAGGCAGUGGGUUCCAGAGUGGGCUGCAGUGUCAAACCCUUGUGAGAUUGCUGGAAUAUGUGGUAAUGGGGUGUGUAAUUUGGAUAGAAGCAAGACUAUUGCUUCUUGUUCAUGCUUGCCUUGUACUUCCAAGGCAGGAGGCGAUAACUUCUGCUCGGAGAACUCAUCGUCGAUUGGAAGAUGUGGUUCGAGAAACGCAAAUCAGACAUCUGAGUUCAAGAUUGCAGCAGUGCAGCAAACAAAUUACUAUUUCUCCGAUUUUUCGGUGAUUGCAAACUACAGUGACAUUCCUACAGUGUCAAAGUGUGGUGAUGCUUGCCUAUCAGAUUGUGAGUGUGUGGCUUCUGUUUAUGGGCUUGAUGAUGAGAAUCCUUAUUGCUGGAUACUGAGGAGCUUAGACUUUGGUGGAUAUGAGGACCCUGGAUCCACCUUGUUUGUGAAGGUUAGAGCGAAUGAAUCGAUGACUCUAGGAGGCAAUAAAAGUGGGUCUGAUAAUAGUGAUACAAAAAGGAAGGUUUUGCUUGUACCUAUAGUUCUCAGCAUGACAUUUCUUGUUGUCCUCCUAUGCCUAUUACUAUAUCACAAUGUUCACAAAAAGAGAUCCUUGAGAAGAGCUAUGGAAAGCUCUCCUAUUCUUCCUGGCGUUCCAAUACAUUUUACUUACCGAGGCUUGCAAAUUCGCACCUGCAAUUUUUCACAGCUGCUCGGAACAGGAGGAUUUGGGAGUGUAUACAAAGGAAGCCUUGGAGAUGGAACUUUGGUUGCUGUAAAGAAACUAGACAAGGUUUUGCCUCAUGGGGAGAAAGAAUUUAUAACUGAAGUGAACACCAUAGGCUCUAUGCACCACAUGAACUUGGUUCGUCUUUGCGGGUACUGCUCCGAGGGAUCGCAUCGUCUCCUAGUUUAUGAGUUUCUGAAAAAUGGGUCUUUAGACAAAUGGAUCUUUCCAUCAUAUAGUUUCCGAGACAGACUGCUGGAUUGGUCAACGCGCUUCGAUAUAGCCAUAGCUACUGCGCAAGGGAUUGCAUACUUUCACGAACAGUGCAGGAACCGGAUAAUUCAUUGCGAUAUCAAGCCAGAGAACAUUCUGUUAGAUGAGAACUUCUGUCCUAAAGUAUCAGAUUUUGGACUAGCUAAGUUUAUGGGAAGAGAGCAUUCACAUGUUGUUACCAUGGUUCGAGGAACAAGAGGGUAUUUGGCUCCAGAAUGGAUUAGCAACAGGCCGAUUACUGUAAAGGCUGAUGUUUAUAGUUAUGGGAUGCUUCUUUUGGAGAUUGUUGGUGGAAGGAGAAACCUCGACAUGUCUUUUGAUGCAGAGGACUUCUUUUACCCUGGGUGGGCUUUUAAGGCGAUGACGAAUGAUACGCCACUGAGAGCAGCAGAUCGCAGACUGGAAGGAUCAGUAAAAGAAGAAGAGCUAAUGAGAGCACUGAAAGUGGCAUUUUGGUGCAUUCAAGAUGAGGUCUUCAUGAGACCUUCAAUGGGAGAAGUGGUGAAAAUGCUAGAAGGAUCAAUGGAUAUCAACACCCCGCCAAUGCCCACAGUUUUGGAAUUGAUAGAAGAAGGCUUAGAACAAGUUUACAAGGCCAUGAAGAGAGAAUUCAAUCAAUAUAGCUCCUUCACCACUGCUACUGAUCUUCCAUCAUCUCGUGCUACAUGCAGUAAUUCAACAAUGUCACCUAGAUAGGGAAACCGACACAAUUUUGUUUGUGCAGUUGAUAUCACUCGGUUCAUUUAAGCUCUAGCCUUUUCAUGUUGCAGAUGGAGCCGCCUAAGACAAAAAAAUGAAAGAUACAAGAAAAAAUAAAAAAACAUGUUUAGUUAGAAAAACAAACAUAUAAAAUAAAUUUGUAUUUGAGACAAUUUUACAAUGAAUUUUUAUUUUUUUAAUUUAUAUUUGAUAUAAAAUAAGUAGUAUGAGACAUCUUCAUUUUAUUUUUUUAUUUAUAUUUUUAUUUAUUUAUUUUGA